AGAAAACCUUGCUCCUUUAAUAUGCUUGGCAUCAUAAAAUCUUAUUGAAUUUUUUUUGUAGCAGAGUUGCAGUUCAAGGUUACAUUACAUGCUAGAGAAGAAUUUCAUCUGAAGAACCACAAACUAGUUCCUCAAUGGAACCACAAGCAACUGUGACUAAGCAAUGACACAGAUCAACAAAUUAAAGUAAAAAAAAAAAGUAAAAUUGGCAAACAUAACGUCUAAUAAAGCAUAUGGAUGAUCACUGGACUGACGACUGUCAGGGAAAUGGAUCUGAAACUACUGUCAGAUAAUGGGGUUUGCUGUACAAAAGGAGAUGCAAAACAACAACCAGCAAUCCUUUCGUUGAUAUUUCCCAUAUCUCUAUUCAAGCAAACUGCAACCAAAGUUUAUUUACUACUAAGUAUGUUUCCUGUAUAUCAGUUCAAGCAAGGGCUUCCCUAUACUUCUGUAUCCUCACAAGCGCCUUUCUCCAAAGAUCAAAAAGACAUCUGAAUGCUUCAAGCUUCCAAAAUUACGUCACUUAAGCGUCCACCAAAAAAAAGGAGAGGAAGAAAAAAGAACAGUACCAGUAAUCCAUACAACAUCUAUCAGCUUUGAAAGCAUUGUGAAUUUUAUAUAAGACAUUUGCAAGAAAGUUCUAGUUCUUAGUUCAAAAUAUAACGUUAGUAAUGUGACCGUGAUAGUACAAGGAAAUAAACUGGUAAACCUGCCAGUGAUACCAAAUUAGCAUGAAAUAUAUGCCUAGGGAGCUAGAAUUAACAUUUGCUUUAUAUAUUUCUCUUUUGCUCCCACUUUGCAGGACUGCACUCAUUUUAGCGAUAUUGUCCGAAGAAGCAACUAUUUACAAUUAAGGGAUUGAAACUACAGAAAAUGGAAGAAUGAAUGAUGCAACUUUAACGAAGAAAUUAAAAUAUGGUGCGACUAUUGCAGACAUGGUAUUUUCUGCAGUAGGCAUGGUUUUUGCAAUUACACUCAAGUCUUCUGCAGGGCUGCAGACAGGAGACUGGCCAGCCAUGGCUAUUACCUUUGAGCUUUUGCAUUAUCAUGCUUAUUGGUUUUGUGGAGUAACUCAUGAAAUCAACUUUACAUUCAUUUUGGAAAAUUUUACUAAUUUUUCAAUAUACAAAUGCAAGAAUUUAGAAAGCAAGCAAAGCUAUAUGUAUUAUGCUCCGUAUCAUUACAUAAAAGAAAGAUGGCAUAUGAUGCUCUUACAAGAACAUGUAAUUUGUGUAAUCUGCUACCAAGAAAAAAGAAAAAGGGUAAAACAUAAAAAAGAAAAAAAGAAAAUUGAUAGACUGAAUGUAGGGUAUCUCUUAGUUGGUUAGGUGUUAUCUUGUAGUGGAUAUAUUUGGUCUAAAGGAGGUAACUUUAUUAGAUCUCUGGAUUUAAAAAAUGAAGAGCUUGUGGCCUUUAUGUGAAUGGCACACUCCCUGGAAUACUAUAAUCUUUGCCUUCUCAGCCUUAGUGUGGAGAGCACACUCCACUCUAUUUUAUAUACUCCACCAAAUUAAAAAAUUGUGUCUCUAUUCAUGCAAAGUGCUUUCCUAUACGGCAUUCCAUGUCCACAAGUUCCUCUUUUCAGAAAUCACGAAGUCAUUUCAUAAUCAGCAAUGGAAAUUAAAACAGUACUUUGAAUGGUGUCUAGCUCUCAAUCUCAGGAUUCGACUCUUAAAAGAGAACCAUCAAGUUGAAAUACUACAAGAUAAAAAGUAUUUGUUACCAAUUAUUCUGGGAAUUGUCACAAGAAAUAAGGUUUUAACUGGAAAAUGCGGAACCAGUAUGAAACUGCAGAUUCAUUUUGCAAAGUUGGAGAUGUGUUAAUAAACAAAUGAAAGGUUUUCCCAAGCAUGCAAUCAGCAAACAAAAAUAACAACAAAACCUGCCACCUUGCCUUGUGCUCAAUGCUCACGACACUACUAUUUUUUUAUGGCACCACUUUCUGCUUAGACUGAUUAAUAUUUAGUCAUCCUCUCCUAUAUAUAACCAUCAGAGGGAAGGUUGAGUCUUCAAAAACAAGAAGUCCUCCAAUUCUUUAGAAAAUUUCUUCAUGGCUGCUCAAAACCAUGUGCAAAUUACCAUCCCUAAAGAACAUGACAAACAAAACCAAGUCCCUGAAGAGGACUUUGACUAUUCCCAAAGGGGUCAGUGGCUUCGAGCAGCUGUGUUAGGAGCCAAUGACGGCUUGGUUUCAACUGCAUCUUUGAUGAUGGGUGUUGGAGCUGUCCAAAAGAAUGUCAACACAAUGAUCCUAACCGGCUUUGCUGGGUUGUUUGCUGGUGCUUGUAGCAUGGCCAUAGGGGAGUUUGUUUCUGUGUACUCUCAACUAGACAUAGAGCGAGCUCAAAUGAAGAGAGACAAAACAACAGGAGGACAGAACCAAAAACAUCAACGACAACAAGACGAAGGCAACAAGGAGCAGCUGCCAAAUCCAUUUCAGGCAGCCGUAGCCUCAGCUAUUGCAUUUUCACUGGGUGCCAUUGUGCCAAUUCUUGCUGCUGCAUUUAUAGCAGAUCAUAAGGUGAGGCUAGGUGUGAUUGUGGCUGCAGUGAGCUUGGCAUUGUUAGCAUUUGGAGGGAUUGGUGCUUUUUUGGGCAGAAGUCCUAUGCUGAAAUCAUGUGCCAGAGUUUUAAUUGGUGGCUGGAUGGCUAUGGCCAUUACCUUUGGCCUUACCAAACUGAUUGGUUCUACUGGCUUGGAGAUUUGAUUGGAACUUUAUGCUUCCUGUCUCUUGUGCUAGUUUCAAGUUAUCUGUUUAAGAAAUUUCUGCUGCAUUGUUGACUAAAUUUCCUGACUAAGACUAGAAUAAAUGCAAGAAAUAUCUGUGUUAUAAUUCUGCUGCGAAUGCUUAAAAAUGGUACUGCCGCGUUCUC